AUGAGCGCACGGUUCCAACCGCGCGCAAGUAUCGUAUGCGUUGGCUCGGAUUUCCACCCGAGAAGGAUACAUUUGGUCGAUGACCUGAGUGUUCUCGUGGUGAGAGAGAACGAGACGAACGACGACUGUGUCGUGGUGAAGCGUCACCACGACUACGAGACCAAGAGCGAUUGCGAGAACGUCGUGGUGAAACGUCACCACAACAACGAGAUGAAGAAUGACGACGAGAACGUUGUGAUGAACGUGUAUCGCCACGACCACGCGAACGAGAACUCCAUGACGAGCGCGUGGCACCACGACCUCGAGAACGCGAGUGGUGUCGCCAGCGUGACGCGCCACGAUUAA